AUGAAGAAUAAAGCGAAAGCCUUUUCGACCAGAAAAUCUGCUGAAUUUAAAUACUACAGCUUUAGACAUUUAUUUGAGGAAGAAAAAGGAACGAAAAAAAAACAAUUAUCAAUAAAAAAUCGUUGCGAACGUGGUUUAAUUUGUCAUCAAGCAAUGAAUCCAAAAUCUAACAAGAACAACAACAUUCACAUGCUGUAA